AUGAUUUUCUCGGAUAUGAACACCGUUUCUGGCUCCCCUAAAGUGCAUCCUCCUAAUGGGACCCGGUUUUACACUUUUCAAGAAUUUGCUGCACUGACAAAAGAAUUGAAUGCCUGCAGGGAACAACUUCUAGAGAAAGAAGAAGAGAUCUCUGAACUUAAAGCUGAAAGAAACAAUACAAGACUGUUACUGGAGCAUUUGGAGUGCCUUGUGUCGAGACACGAAAGGUCACUCAGAAUGACGGUGGUAAAGCGGCAAGCACAGUCCCCCUCGGGAGUGUCCAGUGAAGUUGAGGUUCUUAAGGCACUGAAAUCUUUGUUUGAACACCACAAGGCCUUGGAUGAAAAGGUAAGGGAGCGACUGAGGGUUUCUUUAGAAAGAGUCUCUGCACUGGAAGAAGAACUAGCUGCUGCUAAUCAGGAGAUUGUUGCCUUACGUGAACAAAAUGUUCACAUACAACGAAAAAUGGCAUCAAGUGAGGGGUCCACAGAGUCAGAACACCUUGAAGGGAUGGAGCCUGGGCAGAAAGUCCAUGAAAAGCGUCUGUCCAAUGGCUCUAUCGACUCCACGGAUGAAACUAGUCAGAUAGUGGAACUACAGGAGUUGCUUGAGAAGCAAAACUAUGAAAUGGCCCAGAUGAAAGAACGCUUGGCAGCCCUGGCUUCGCGAGUGGGAGAAGUAGAACAGGAAGCAGAGACAGCAAGAAAGGAUCUCAUUAAAACUGAAGAGAUGAACACUAAAUAUCAAAGGGACAUUCGAGAGGCGAUGGCACAGAAAGAAGACAUGGAAGAAAGAAUCACAACCCUUGAGAAGCGUUACCUCAGUGCUCAGAGAGAAUCUACCUCCAUCCAUGACAUGAAUGAUAAACUAGAAAAUGAAUUGGCAAAUAAGGAAGCCAUCUUACGACAGAUGGAAGAAAAGAACAGACAAUUACAAGAGCGUCUUGAAUUAGCUGAGCAAAAGUUGCAACAGACAAUGAGGAAAGCUGAAACUUUACCUGAAGUAGAAGCUGAACUGGCUCAGAGAAUUGCAGCCCUAACAAAGGCUGAAGAGAGACAUGGAAAUAUUGAAGAACGCAUGAGGCAUCUAGAGGGCCAGCUUGAAGAGAAGAAUCAAGAACUGCAGAGAGCCAGGCAAAGAGAGAAAAUGAACGAGGAGCAUAACAAAAGGUUGUCUGAUACGGUGGACAGACUUCUGACAGAAUCCAACGAACGCCUACAGCUGCACUUGAAGGAACGAAUGGCGGCUCUGGAAGAGAAGAAUGUUUUAAUUCAAGAAUCAGAAACUUUCAGAAAGAAUCUUGAAGAAUCUUUACAUGACAAGGAAAGAUUAGCAGAAGAAAUUGAAAAACUGAGAUCUGAACUUGACCAAUUAAAAAUGAGAACUGGCUCUUUAAUUGAACCUACAAUAUCCAGAACUCACCUGGACACUUCAACUGAGUUGCGGUAUUCAGUUGGAUCCCUAGUGGACAGCCAAUCCGAUUACAGAACAACGAAAGUGAUUAGAAGACCACGGCGAGGCCGCAUGGGUGUGCGCAGAGAUGAGCCAAAGGUAAAAUCACUUGGGGAUCAUGAAUGGAACAGAACUCAACAAAUUGGAGUACUCAGCAGUCACCAUUUUGAAAGUGACACAGAAAUGUCUGAUAUUGAUGAUGAUGAUAGAGAUACAAUUUUUAGCUCAAUGGACCUGCUUUCUCCAAGUGGUCAUUCUGAUGCCCAAACUCUGGCAAUGAUGCUCCAGGAACAGUUGGAUGCUAUUAACAAAGAAAUAAGGCUGAUUCAGGAAGAAAAGGAAUCUACAGAACUGCGUGCUGAAGAAAUUGAGAAUAGAGUGGCAAGUGUGAGCCUGGAAGGCCUGAAUUUAGCAAGGGUCCACCCAGGUACCUCCAUCACUGCCUCUGUGACAGCGUCAUCACUGGCCAGCUCAUCUCCCCCUAGCGGACAUUCAACGCCAAAGCUCACGCCAAGGAGUCCUGCCAGGGAAAUGGAUCGGAUGGGAGUCAUGACACUGCCAAGUGACCUAAGGAAACAUCGGAGAAAGAUUGCAGUUGUAGAAGAAGAUGGCCGGGAGGACAAAGCAACAAUUAAAUGUGAAACUUCUCCUCCCCCUACACCCAGAGCCAUCCGAAUGACUCACACCCUCCCUUCUUCCUACCACAAUGAUGCCAGGAGUAGUUUAUCUGUCUCUCUUGAGCCAGAAAGCCUUGGGCUUGGAAGUGCUAAUAGCAGCCAAGACUCUCUUCACAAAGCCCCCAAAAAGAAAGGAAUCAAGUCUUCAAUAGGACGUUUGUUUGGGAAAAAAGAGAAAGCCCGUCUAGGGCAGCUCCGAGGUUUUAUGGAGACAGAAGCUGCAGCUCAGGAAUCUUUGGGGCUAGGCAAACUUGGAACUCAAGCUGAAAAGGAUAGAAGACUAAAGAAAAACACAUCUGGGCACGAACUUCUUGAAGAAGCUCGGAGAAAAGGCUUGCCUUUCGCUCAGUGGGAUGGCCCCACUGUGGUAGCUUGGCUAGAGCUCUGGCUGGGAAUGCCUGCUUGGUAUGUGGCAGCUUGCCGCGCCAAUGUGAAAAGUGGUGCCAUCAUGUCGGCUUUAUCUGACACUGAGAUCCAAAGAGAAAUUGGAAUCAGCAAUCCUCUGCAUCGCUUAAAGCUCCGAUUAGCAAUCCAGGAGAUGGUUUCUCUGACAAGUCCUUCAGCUCCUCCAACAUCGAGGACUCCUUCAGGCAACGUCUGGGUGACCCAUGAAGAAAUGGAAAACCUUGCGGCUCCAACAAAAACGAAGGAAUCUGAGGAAGGAAGCUGGGCCCAGUGUCCGGUUUUUCUGCAGACUCUGGCUUAUGGAGAUAUGAACCACGAAUGGAUUGGAAAUGAAUGGCUUCCUAGCCUGGGAUUACCUCAGUACAGAAGUUACUUCAUGGAAUGUUUGGUUGAUGCAAGAAUGUUAGAUCACCUAACAAAAAAAGAUCUUCGUGUCCACUUAAAAAUGGUGGAUAGUUUCCAUCGAACAAGUUUACAAUAUGGAAUUAUGUGCUUAAAAAGGUUGAAUUAUGACAGAAAAGAACUAGAGAGAAGACGAGAAGCAAGCCAGCAUGAAAUUAAAGAUGUGUUGGUGUGGAGCAAUGAUCGAGUUAUUCGCUGGAUACAAGCAAUUGGACUUCGAGAAUAUGCAAAUAAUAUUCUUGAGAGUGGUGUACAUGGCUCACUCAUAGCACUGGAUGAAAACUUUGAUUACAGCAGCUUAGCUUUAUUAUUACAGAUUCCAACACAGAACACCCAGGCAAGACAGAUUCUUGAAAGGGAAUACAAUAACCUCUUGGCUCUGGGAACCGAACGGCGGCUGGAUGAAAGUGAUGACAAGAACUUCAGACGUGGUUCGACCUGGAGAAGACAGUUUCCUCCUCGUGAAGUCCACGGAAUCAGCAUGAUGCCUGGGUCCUCAGAAACACUGCCGGCUGGAUUUAGGCUGACCACCACAUCUGGGCAGUCAAGAAAAAUGGCACCAGACGAUGUCGUCUUUUCUGUCUACUCUACCUAAAGUGCACUACCAUCUAAGAAGUCGAGCAGUGAAAACCUUUGUGAAGACCCAAUUCAAAGGAAAUAAUGACAAGUGAUGGUUUAUUAAAAGCUAAAAACACGAUGGAGGGGAGUCUAACAUUUAAUUUUGAUUAGUUUACUACAGUUGUAAUAAAAUGCUUCAGUCAUUUGAAUAAUAAGCCUCAUCCACAUCGUCAACUCUGCACAACAGAUGCUUUUCUGAAAUGGAGCCACCUGUUUUUCAUGAUGUAAUAUACUAGGCAUUUAUGUACUGCUGUGUAUUUCUUUUUAAAUGUGUAAGUCUUCUGUAAAUGGAUAUAAAUAUGAUUUUUUAAAAAAAUAAACUAUAUGGUUCAUGGAGUCUGGAGUGCAAACAUUUGACAAUUCCAAGUACUGUUUGCAUUUUACCAUUCCACCCUUUUUACGAGGUUUUGAACUGUAAUGAGUCAAAUGGGUAUGUUUCCUCGAAGCAUGUUUCAUGCUUCAACAUGUUUCUUCUUCAAGUCUGUCAAUAUCUAAAGCUGAACACCUGCCUCUGAUCCUGUACAAAAGAAAAACAACAAUGACUUAACCUGGAACUGGAGCCAAAAUAAUAAUAAUAAUAAUAACAACCUCUAAAGGCAAUCAGGUAUGCCCUCCCUGUAUCUUUGAAAAUAGCACUGUGAUGGCUUGAUCUCCUUUUCAGAACAAAACAAAGCCAAACUGUUUACAAGAGUCAAAAACCAAUUAUUUUAGAAAAUUUAUAUUAAAAUACCAUGAUCUCCUCUUGUUGCUUGUGGAUGGAUCAAGAAAAAUGAAAAAAAAAAACUUUGCUAAGAACUACAUGUUCAUUCAAAACACCUUGAACAGUCAGCCAACACUGGACAUUAAACAUCGGUCACUUCAGAGUUUCAGGCUCAUUUCCACUGGGGUAAAAAAGCAUACCCUAAACCCUUCCUUCAUUUUUAUCA